AUGAAUUUUGCAGAAGAAGUAUUUCAAGGAUUCAAUUUCUCACAUGAUGCCGCAGACAUCAAAACAAAUCUCCCGAUUCAUCUUCAACUAGUGGAAAGGAGCGAGUUCAUGAAGAAAUUGGAGACCAAUGAAAGUAGUUCAAGUCUAGGAAGUCUAACUCCAGAGUCAAGCUCGUCUCUUGAUUCUCCUGAUCCACCAUCUUUUGGCAAACACAGAUACUCAACAUAUUACGAGAGGCUGCCGUUUUUCAAAAACCCAUUUUCCCCAAAUAAUAGAAAAGCCCAAAAACUAAACUACUUGACGUCUUCUAUCUCCCCAAACUCUAGCAAAUUUGUUCUUGUCCAUUGUGAUAAAUGGUUGGUGUACUCCGUGAAUGCCGAUGAGCCAACGCUAUUGUGUUGCGGUAAAAUAAACGGUGACCACGGGCCUGAUUUUGACUCCUUGACCAAAGAAUCAAGGAUUUCUCUCAAAAACAAAUCAUUAAAAUACAAAUCCUGUGCUAUCAACGAAAGACUAUUAGUCUUGACGUGCACUGAUGGGUCUCUUAGAGUUCACGAUAUGAUGGAAUGCGGGAAGCUCCUAUACCAAUAUGGGGCUGGCCUCCAAAUUGAAUCCGUGGAUAUAUCUCCGAAAAACGAAAUGAUUGCCUGUGGAUUACAAGGCAGAAACAAAGAAACCAGGGGAAGUAUCAUCUUGGUGAUAAGCCUUGAUUUCAAAAAACCUAAAAUGGCCGAUGGGUUAACUCCAGAGCUUGUAGCAAAGCUCAACGGUUUGAGUCUUGGUGAUGGUCGGGAUUUCGUAUCCCCACCUCAAAAGAAAUUCUUGAAAAAAAUUGGAUCCAAAUCAUCGUUGAAAAACUUGAAAAAAGCUGCCGAAAAACAAAAUGAGUCGAUGACCGUCAGUGCCCCAGUUCUCGAAUUGAAGCUUUACAAAUCAGACAGAAAGCUUAUCACCGUGCCGUACCAUGGUAUUGUCGAUAAUGUCAAGUUUUCUUCCACUGGUGAUCGUUUGAUCUUUUCUACUUAUAAAAGCGAAUCGAAAUUCGUAGUCUUUGACGUCACAAAACCUCUGAAUAUCAAAUUGCUUAUGAAGUCUUCCAGAACCCCAGAAAAGAGCCCUGUCAGCGAAGGGAUCACUGAUUUUCAAUUAUUUGGCAAAGAUGAUUCUUUCAUGUUAAUUUCUUCCAACUCGCCAAACGCUCCACCAAUGAUCCUCAAUACCAAAAUUGAUACAAUUAUCGACAAGGACCAAAAACCAGUCCAGCCAAAAAGAGUCUUGAGAUUGGAUGGCCUUGGAAGCAAAGUCCACAAAUGCUGUAUAAACUCUACCAACGAUUUGGCGGCUUUUUUGACCACCGACGGUAAGAUAUGGUUAGCCCAGUUAACCAAAGAUGAACUGCAAAAUUAUAUCCUCAAGAAAUUGGAACUCAUUGACAAAGUAUCUGGCUCCUCUUGUUAUAAAAAUACUGCUAGUAUGAGAUUUUCCCCAGACGGUACUAAGAUGUUGAUUGUUGACUUGAAAGGUGUCAUGUUUGUCCAGAAUUUCUCCAGUAUUUUGAAUAAAAGAGCCUAA